AGAAAAAGAAAAGGCAAAUAAUUUAUUAACAAAAGAAACACAAAGGCAAACUGUAAGUGCAAAGAACACAGCGAAUUUUGCAGAUAUCUUUCCCUUUUGCCAUCCCUAAACCAGCGAAGCCACUCCCUUUCACCUUCCGAACCGCAUGAACAAGUACCAACUAUGUGAGAGAGAAAGAAAGGGGCGGUGAAUCUACCUCUUAUAUUUAAAUAUUUUGUUGGGGCACUUUAAAACAUUUUUUUUUUUUAGUAUUUUUCUCUCUGCUUAAGUAUAAAUAAGCCUGCAACAUGCCUCUUGGUUUCUGGGAGCUUUAGUGCUUUUCAAAACUGCAAAUUCUGCAAAGGUUCCCAUCGCACAAACUCCAUUUAUAAUUUUAUAUAUGUAUAUAUAUGUAUGUUUUUCUAGUUUUCUAGUAUCUCUGAUCUCUCUCCAACUCUAGAAAGCUUACCCAUAAAAAUGCCAAUGUGAUUGGGCAAAAUCUUUUCGGAUUCUCAACUCUUCUUUUUUCUGUAUGAGCUUUUCCGAAGUGGGAUUUCUUUUCUGAUUCCACAGUGAUUCUGGGAGGUGAAAAAGAGGAGUCUUUGUGAAGAAAAAAGUAAUUUUGAUGGUUAUGGAGUUUAAAACGAUGGUUUUGGGACAUUUUUUGGUGAUUUCUUUGGCCUUGAACGUGGGAUUGUUGUAUAGAAACUACUGCAGCGGUAAACAUAAAUCCCAAAACGUCUUCAGCUUCAACAAUGAGUGCAAGAAUUCAUCUUUGCUCCCUCAAAAGGCGUUUCUUGAAACUAAAUUUCAAUCUUCAAAAGCAGCUCUCAGCGAAGUAAUCGAUCUCGAUCAUGGUGAUCCGACGAUGUACGAGAGGUAUUGGCAACAGAUGGGGGAUAGAACUACGGUGGUGAUCCCUGGUUGGAAAUUCAUCAGUUACUUCUCUGAUGUGAGGAGCCUUUGCUGGUUUCUGGAGCCUGAAUUCGCAAAUGCAGUGGUUAGGCUGCACAAACUGGUGGGCAACGCUGUCACUGAUGACCGUUACAUUGUCGUUGGGACGGGCUCCACGCAGCUGUUCCAGGCUGUGCUCUAUGCCGUUUCCCCCCCUAAUGCCUCAGAGCCUAUCAGCGUCGUGUCUGCUGCCCCGUUCUACUCUUCGUAUCCUUUGAUCACCGAGUUCCUCAAGUCGGGGCUCUACAAAUGGGGCGGUGACGCGCACAAGUUCAAGAGGGACAUCCCGUAUAUCGAGCUGGUGACGUCGCCAAACAACCCCGACGGGUUAUCGAGAGAGGCCGUGGUGAACCGGAAUCAAGGCAUACUAGUCCAUGACCUGGCUUAUUACUGGCCCCAGUAUACCUCGAUCUCAUCUCCUCCAGCAGAUCACGACAUCAUGCUGUUCACAGUCUCCAAGAGCACCGGCCAUGCUGGAACACGACUGGGGUGGGCUCUUGUCAAGGAUCAAGAAACUGCGAGGAAGAUGACCGAGUUCAUCGUGCUCAGCACCAUUGGUGUCUCCAAGGAGUCGCAGCUGCGCGCAGCCAAGAUCCUGCAGGUCCUAUCCGACUCCCACGAGCAACGAGGGAGCUUCAAGGAAGGCGAAGCCUUCUUCGAACACAGCUACCAUCUCAUGGCAAAGAGAUGGAAGCAGCUGAGGGAAGCAGUGAGGAAGAGCAAGCUCUUCAGCUUGCCUGAGUUCUCCCACGGCAAGUGCCAGUUCAGCGGCCGUACCUUUGCCUCACAGCCAGCUUUUGCGUGGCUCAAGUGUGAGGGCGAGACAGAGGACUGUGAGGGGUUCCUCCGUGACCACAAGGUGCUAACGCGAAGUGGGAAGCACUUUGGUGAGAGCGCGAAGCACGUCAGGAUCAGCGUGCUACCACGUGAUGAGGUCUUCGACCAGUUCACGGAGCGGUUAGCUGGCAUCACGUCAUCAUCAUCAUCCACAUAGCACUCAAUGUUUUUUUACCCUGUUUGUUGUAGUAGGGUAGGUACAAUGGGGGUUGUAGUUGUACUCACCUUUUGCAUAAUCACUAUAAGUUUCUUAUACACAUUAAA